CCGUACCAGAAGUCUCGCGAGAGUUGUCGGGCGGCUGCCCUUGAGUUCGCGGAGGCGAAUUGAGGGUUUCGAACGCGGCCUGCAGCGCGCGGCCAUGGCACAGAGGCUCUUUGGUCUGUACACAGACAUCCCCGACGGCACCGAGUGUCACCGUAAGACCUACGCCAGCACCGCCAUUGGCGGUGGCGCCGGCCUUCUGGCCUCUGCCUACAGCGUGAUACUCAACCCUGCGGACUCCGCUCUGGAAGCAGUGGCCAGGAUUGGCCGGUACACGUUCACUGCAGCUGCCAUUGGAGCCAUGUUUGGCCUCACAACGUGUGUCAGUGCCCAGGUCAGAGAAAAGCCGGACGACCCCCUCAACUACUUCUUUGGAGGCUGUGCAGGAGGCCUGACCCUGGGAGCCCGAACUCACAGCUACGGGACAGCAGCCGUGGGCUGCAUAAGCAUGGGUACGGCUGCUGCCUUCCUGAAGAUUGGUCAGCUGGAGGGCUGGGAGCUCUUCCCAAAGCCCAGGGUAUGAGUGGAUCCUUGGCAGUGAAUAAACGGUGUAUCCCUGUCUACCAGCA